ACGUUUGUCUGUUUUAUGUUAGUUUUCGUUCUCCAUUUCGUAUUUUCAGACCAUAUGCGUUGCCACGCGAUGAUACAGAGGCUUAUGACGUAAGUAAUUUAUUUUUUCAUCUGUUUUGUCAUCCAGUCAAAUAAUUAUUAUAAAAGGAAAUUGAGGUUCGAGUUAUAUUACGUUUGGUGUAUUGUAUUGCCAUAGGGAAUUGUUGUAAGUAACCUAGCGUCAAAAAAUGUCAGAAAAUAAUUGAAAGGCAUGCAAUAUUCUUCAUUUUGUCCUUGGAUUCGAGUUAUAUUAGAACAAUGAUUGAUGAUACUGUUUUACUACUUUCAGAAUGAGAUAGCAAUGGAUGAGGUCCAACCAUCUCAUUCUCGUCAAAGCAAGACUGAAUACAUGGACCUAACAGAGGUAACUGCAUUUGAAAGCAAGCGCAAAGAGGAGGUGACAUUCGGUAUCCCACAGGUGGAACGUUCAUCCCUAGGAACUGAUUACGCGCCUCUUCAUCCGUCAACACGCUCUUGGGAAAUUCCACGAAAUAGUGUCACCAUAGAAAAGGUUAUCGGUAAAGGUGCCUUUGGUCAGGUUGCCAAAGGAACCGCGAUAGAUGUUCGGGGGAGGCCAGGGAACACUCCAGUUGCUGUUAAAAUGCUUAAAGGUAAUUCACACCCCUCUUUUGGAGCUGAAUAAGAUUAAUGCUAAUAAUGAAUGUGUGUUUUUAUUGACGAUUCAUGAGUAGUUAAACAUUCUAACAUUUUAAAAUAAGUCAUUAAUCAUUAGUGAGAGACAAUAAGUAACAAAGGAAAAUUAUAAAAGUUGGAACAUUAUUCAAAAACUUAUGAAUAUGAAGCAGUGGUCAUCUCAAUGAAUAGCAACGCUUGUAUCACUUAUAUUUUUUCGUUUAUUUUUAGCUUCUGCUCCUGAGUCCGACAGAAGCGAUCUGUUAUCUGAACUCGAACUAAUGAAGACGCUGAAACCUCAUCCACACGUCAUACGACUACUGGGAUGUGUUACUGAAACUGGUAAAACAUAUGAUUAAUGAUGAACGUACUUUAACGUACAUCUCAAGACAUCUCAAGUUAACAGUUAAUGUAAAACUAUUUCAACAAUAAGUUUCAGUUUCUAAAUUAUUGCUGGUAUUACAGAAAAUCCCGUAUAGUGUAAACGUUACUUGACUACUUGACUUAUUUUCUAGAGCCCUUAUUGGUUUUGAUCGAGUAUGUCGCGUAUGGAGAUCUCUUGGGUUACUUGAGAAAGAGCCGAGGACUCAAUGACACUUAUUUCAAAGACCCAGAUAUCAAGCCUCGAACAAAUCUGACGUCAGAGCAACUGAUGAAGUUUGCCUGGCAAAUUGCUGAUGGAAUGAGUUACUUGUCAUCAAGAUCUGUAAGUCAAAGGAUCUGAGUGCAAUUAGAUAUGAAUUGUGAAAGACUAGGAAAUACUAUGAAAAACGUCAUCGACAUUGAGUUAUUAAGAUACCUGUACAAGAUAAGCAGAAGGCCGUGCCAACUAUACUAAUUGAAACAUUUGCACGAGUAUUGAUUAAUAAAUGAAUUAAUUAAUUACUGAGGAAUUAAUGUGCCAGUGGUCCAGAAGAUGGGUCGAAAUGGGUGAAUUUAGCCCUGAAUUCAAUUAGAUCCCUCUUAAUGAUUGGUUAACUAUUUCUUACAGAUCAUUCACCGAGAUCUUGCAGCUCGUAACGUGUUGGUUGGGGAAAGAGAAACUUGUAAAGUGACUGACUUUGGAAUGGCCAGGAAUGUCCAACAGGAAAACAUUUAUGAAAGAAAGACAAGGGUAUCUGACUAGAGUUCGGAACUAAUAAGAAUAACUAACUAAAAGAUAAAGGGAAUCUAAAAACAAGGAUUUACAUUCUAUUAUACAUCUUCAAUGUCUCACAUUAAGGCAGCCACACGGAUUUCGGGCAUUUCGAACUACCCUUGCAUUCUAAAACCUACUUGUUUUGCCUAAUAAUUAGUACUGUAACCAUUCUCUUUAACACACGUCCUACGAAAGUAGCACAGGAAAAAAUAACGGAUUCCCAUUUUUGGAUAUUUUAGGGUAUUUAAAGAAUACCCACAAAAAUCCCAAAUUUGGAACAGUGAGACAAGUCCCAAGUCUGGGAACGUAGUUGGGAAUUCCCCGGUUGGGACUUGUCUCACUUUGCCAAAUUUGGGAUUUUUAUGGGUAUUCUUUAAAUACCCUAAAAUAUCCAAAAAUGGGAAUACGUUAUUUUUUCCUGUGUAGAUGAGGCUCCUCAAACUUUUAUUCUACUUAAAAAUCUUAAUCUAAAAAAUAAUUUUAAAGAUGUCUUUUUUACUCGUUCUGGGGCUCAUCAUUUACCACCAGGGACGUCUGCCAGUCAAGUGGACUGCAUAUGAAGCGUUGAUGUUUAACACUUAUACCACCAAAAGUGACGUGUGAGUAAAUAUAAUAGAAAUUGUGUGGAAAUACAGCUUAUGAUGUUGAAUAUUAUUUAGUAGUUCUUGCUUUGCUUAUUUUACAAAUCAACGCUUCCGCUUUAUUUGCAGUUGGAGCUAUGGCGUUGUUCUUUAUGAGAUUUUCACUGUAGGUAAGUUGUGGUUUUCUCCUUAAUUAACGAUAAUGGCCUUCGUCGUGCAAGUUUCUUUUGCAAUAGGUUCUGGAGACGUAGUUUGUUUGAAUUCCUGUAUUUUCAGGUGGUUCUCCAUAUCCGCGAAUGGAUGGCAAGAAAAUUGCUAGCUUACUUCAACAAGAAUACAGGAUGCCAAAGCCACAACACGUGGAUGACAAAUUGUAAUAGUAUCUAUUUUACUUAAUCACAGUUUGAAAUUGUAUCCUAUUUGUAGUUGUAUUUGUUUUUUCGUACAAACAGUAGUCAUAAUAGAUAUUACCAGAGGUGAUGAUCAGUUAUGAGAUUAAAAGAAUCUUUGACCUCUUUUAAGCCCCUGGCAAAAUGGGUCUCCCAAGACCUAAACCGGAAAAAUAUUUGCAAAAAAUUGCGUUACUUCCGAUUGCUCCCAAAUUUGGCACAAAGGAAGUUAAUAGAUUUAGCCAAUCACCUGCCUAGUUCCAGCCCCUGUGGACUUUUGACCGUGACACAAUGAGCUUUCCAAAACUUUGAAUUUUAUGGCGAGUCGCGGGGAAUUUUUGUGAGCCGGUUUUGCGAAGAAUGCAAGCUUGAAUCGACGAAUGUCAACCAAAUACAAGUCAAGCAAACUAUUCUGAAAGAUUUUGGAGGAUAACAAGCAAAAUAAACGCGAAAAUUGAAGUAAGGAAACACUUAGAAUCUGUGCAUGCAAAUCGCCGAUCGCCGAACUCUGUGCCACAUGUUCUUGAAACGGCGACGAUUUCCUUCCCGUUUUGCCUUCGCUUCGCUUUUCGCCGUCAAAUUCUUGCUUAUUUUGAUGAAUUCUAUCAGCAAAUUCAUGUCUGCUUGUCUCUAACUCGAUAUUUCUUUGGGAAUCAAGGAAUCAAAGCGUCUUAGUGAAGUAAACAUGUGGUCACGAGGUGACGCCAAAGGAAUUUAUGCUAAUUAUGAUAAUCUAAUUAGCAUAAUCAUGAGAGCGUGCAGAAAAAAAUUUGUAGAAAAUUUCUAGUCGCUCCAUGUUUUAGAACGAUUUUAGUUUUUUUUUGCUUAGAUAUUGAUGAAAAAACUUUCUUACUACCAUAUCACCCAAAAUAAAGAAGUUUCCUAGCUGAAUGACAUUCUUUAAAAUUUUAAAAAAUUUUUAUGAAAAAUAUGCUUGUUAAAUUUUUUGUGGCGGAAUAUUAUGGGUUUCCUACGACCGAAAUAUUUUUUUUUCGAAAGGGUAUUCUUUUCCCUUUCCAAUGAGGUAUAGCUUGAUAUUGAACUGUAAAUAACACCGGAGAUAUGAUUUUUUUAAAGUUACAUGGCAAAAUACAUUAAAAUAAUUUAGGGAAGACGUUGAGUUUUUUAGACAGAAAAUUUGGGAGAAAAGACAAAUCGAGAUGAGACGAUUUUAUUCUCUGUUCUCAGGUAUCAAAUCAUGACGAAAUGUUGGCAAAAUGAGCCAGAAGCGAGACCAUCAUUCACCGCUUUGACCAAACAGUUAAGGGACAUGGAAAACCAGCAUAAGGUGGGUUUGUUGGUACCUUGUGACAUAAAAAGUAAUUCAGCGACAUUAACAAUGACAACAAUUUCUCGGAUGUAAGGCUCACCAUUUCCUCAAACGUACACUAUAACUAGGGUAGAGUUUUCUUAGCCAAGCUGUCAGGUACUAGGGUGGCCUAUUCUAAAUAAGGAGUUUUAGUGCCUUCUUCGAUUUCUCAUUUACAGUUUAUAUAUGUCCUAAUUAAAUUUAUUCUUGGUUUAAAUUUCAUGUCCCUUUGUGUUUGGGUAUACUAAUGUAUGGUUAUUAGAUUGAAACAAAAGGAAAUAAAACUUAAUUAAGCCAAGGAUAAAAUUGAAGCACAACAAAUACAUUAUGCAUAUUAACCCAGCAACGUACCUUUUUAAAUGCUUUCCAAAACUAUGAAUUUAAUGGUAAACUUCCAGAAACGUUUACCAUCAUAUAUAUUCUUGGAUCUCGUUUAUUUUUUCCCAUGCCUUCGGCCAUUUCCCAUUUUUUUUUUUUUACCGACAUAUCCCUACUCGCGAUAUUGGGGAGCUUAAGCAUAGGCGUUUUCGAGCGACGCUCGUCAACCGGAAGUGUACUUUUUGCCUUUUUUGGCAUGGUUUUGUUCACAUUUGUGAGCAACUUGUCUCUAUAAGAGUAAAGAAACCCAGCGUCAAAGUCGUAAUAAAUAUCUUCAAGAGCCCCAGAAGGUGUUGUAUGGUGAAAUACCUUUGUGAUCUGUAGCGUUAAUUUGAUUAGAAUUCUGAUUAUACUAAGCUGGUGAUAUAAAGAAUAGUACUAUUAACGAGCUUAUAGGCUUUUUAAGCAAAAGGGGAUCCCGUUAUAAGACCGUACAUGGUGCAUGGAAUUUAACGAAAAAGAGAAAACAAGGAGCAGGGAAAAUAGUCACCUGUUUUGGUUAACAGGGUUCAUGGCCGAAAAUUUAAUUGAAUGUUAUUUAUCCACAGAAGCUGAUCAACAUGCACAUUUAUGACAAUCAGUUGUACGCAAAAGUCGAGGACUUGAACGUCUGA